CUUCAUUUUCAUAUUCUUAUGCUAAAACAGGCUAGUCAUCCAUCUCUACCAAAUUUUAGGGUUCCUGUAUACUCAAAAUAUUGAAAUUCUUAUACUUGAGCAAUACUUCAAUGGGGUUUCUCAUAAAGAUUCAUCUAAACUUUUGAAGCAAUCGCAAGUUUCCCGUUUUAAAGUUUUUAGGGUUAUUGAAUUAAUGAAGUUCCUAUUAUUGAGCAAUAAUUCUAUAUCAAAACAGUUUAGCCACCAGCUCUGCUUUUUACACUCUGUUAAAACUCAAUUGGAGACCCUAAUUUCUCCUCUUAACCGGAAAAGUCUCCAUGGAUUUUCCACAUUAUGCUUCAUCUCAAAUCUUCAAGCAACUCCAAGCUACUAAUGUCAAACGUUUUUAGGACUUCCAAAAUGACCAACGCCUGUGUCACUAGACUCCACAUACUUCCCAAGAGAAUGAAAUUCCAGUCCAAUUUCUUCCGACCAUUUCCCACCUGCGCCUCACCACCAUCAACCUCUCUACCCUACAACCCACAACAAUGGGUAACUUUGACUUGUCAACUCACCCCAUCAAACUCCCCUUCCCCUGCCCAACGUUCCAAAGAAUGGUUUGCCCUCAGAAAAGACCGAUUAACCACCAGCACCUUCAGCACUGCUCUCGGUUUAUGGAAAGGCAAAAGAAGAUCCGAACUUUGGCAUGAAAAAGUCUUCCCUUUAGAUACAGAAUCAAACAUCACACUCGCUUCAAAACAAGCCAUGGAAUGGGGUGUUGUGAAUGAAUCAAUCGCCAUUGAAAAAUACAAAACAAUAACUGGACGUGAAGUGAGUUCAUUAGGGUUCGCGACACAUUCGGAAGAUAAAUUUGAUUGGAUCGGUGCAUCACCAGAUGGGCUUCUUGGGUGUUUUCCAAAUGCCGGGAUUCUCGAAGUGAAAUGCCCGUUUAACAAAGGGAAACCGGAAUCAGCAAUUCCGUGGUCGAGCAUGCCGUUUUAUUAUAUGCCUCAGAUUCAGGGUCAGAUGGAGGUUAUGGAUAGAGAUUGGGUUGAUUUGUAUUGCUGGACGAUAAAUGGAAGUACGAUUUUUCGUAUUAGUAGAGAUCAAGAUUACUGGAAUUUGAUACAUGGCGUCUUACGUGAGUUUUGGUGGGAAAAUGUGAUUCCAGCUAGGGAGGCUUUGGUGAUGGGGAGUGAAGAGGAAGCUAAGAAAUAUGAACCGGAAUCAACGCAUAAGUUAACGGGAUUGGUGAUUCAUAAGAGCUUGAAGUUGGCUGGUGAGUCGAAGCUUUUGUGUAGAGAAAUUGCAGGGAAUGUUGAAUUUAUGUAACAAUGCAAUCGGUUUGGUGGUAUUUAUUAUUUAUAAUAAACUUAUAUUAUAUUCGUUUCUAGUA